GCUCAGUUGCAUUUGCCAUAAGCGGAUCUUGCUUCCGCGUAGCCCUUUUCCCAGCCAUGGCGAAGAUCAGCGCUCAAGCCUUCUACGCGGAGUACCAUGGGCAUACCGUGGCACACUUGUCCCAGCUGGUGCCUUCACUAAGGCAGAGUGGCACGAAGAGCUUCGUGUACAUGGCAGGAGAUUCCACCUUGGACAACAAGCACUGGCUCUUCAAAAAAGGCGAUCAGGUGCAACAGCAGCCGUCCUGCAGCAAGGCAAUCAACGGCUAUGAGAACGUGCUUGAUCCUCCUGUGAUGAUGCGAGAUGUGUCCUACUGGCUGAACGAAGAGUGUUUGCGGUGGUCACCGAACAGUCGCGUGACCUGUAUCAACGGUGCGGUGGAGGAGUCCUGCGUUUCGCAGCGAGAAAAUGAAGGGCUCCUGCCUCAAGACGAGUUCAUCCGCGACAACAUCACCGAGGAUGACGUCUUGGUGGUUGAUGUUGGUGGCAACGACGUUGCAUUGCGACCCACCAAGUGGAUAAUCUUCCACAUGAUGUGGCUUCUCUAUCUCACCCCUACCUGCUUUAUUCGCUGCGGUCCAUACCUGGCACCUGGCCUCUGGUAUUUCAUUCACAUGUUCCGCAUACGGCUGCAGCGCCUCGUCAAAAAGCUUGUAGCGAAGCGAAAGCCGAAGAAGAUCGUCAUUUGUAUGCUCUACUACCUGGACGAGAGCCCAGGUGGCAGCUGGGCAGAUGGCACUUUACGAGCUCUUGGCUAUGACACAAAUCCAGCCAAGCUGCAGGCAGUGAUGAGGCAAGUCUACUCCUGGGGCGUCUCUCAAGUCAGCAUUCCGGGUACAGAGGUGGUGACGGUUCCUUUGUACGAGGUCUUGGAUGGCAAGAACACUGAAGAUUAUGUGGCUCGGGUCGAGCCCAGUGACUCAGGUGGUCAGAAGUUGGCAGCUGCUGUGGCAAAAGCAAUCUUCGACUCUGACAAUGAGUGAGACAGAUAUGGAAAUGAUCUGCACAAAUGGCUCAUGAGCAGCCGCCACACACCCUCCGAGUUCUCAGUGCACCUUCCAAACCUUGGAAGUCACAGAGCACAGAGUCACGAUGGAGAACAUGUAUAGAGCUUGCGCUGUUUACCAAUUGUUGAAACUUGGGAUACUUAGAUUCAGAUCGAGUCUGAACUGACGGAAUGCUUGCCGUACCAAAGUUCCUCUUGUUGUGAGUCAGCCAUGUGUGAACGGCGUGCUCCAAGACCCAGCGCUGAGUUGUCCAUUGGGGUACUUGUUUGGCACUCUGUGAUUGUGUGCAUUGUGGACACGCGUUGUAGUUUCACUGGGCGCAGUGCAUUGGCCCUGUACA